AUGGAGGCCACUGUAGAGCGUCCAGUCCAAAAAUUAUCUUGGCUAGAUAAUGAUCCAAUUUGGGUGAACCAGUGGCCUCUCAGCAAACAAAAACUUGGGGCGCUAGAAAAAUUAGUGGAAGAAGAAUUGGCUAAAGGACACAUAGUAGAAACAACCAGCCCUUGGAGUUCCCCGGUGUUUCUAAUAAAAAAGCCAGGGAAAGAUAAAUGGCGUCUCCUUCAAGAUUUAAGAGAAAUAAACAAAAAAAUACAAGACAUGGGAUCUCUCCAACCAGGAAUGCCAUCUCCAACCAUGCUACCACAAGAUUGGCUACUAGCAGUAGUAGAUAUUAAAGAUUGCUUUUUUCAAAUUCCCCUGCAUCCAGCUGAUGCACCAAGGUUUGCCUUUUCCAUUCCUACAAUUAACAGGGAAGCUCCAAUGAAACGGUACCACUGGACAGUAUUACCUCAGGGGAUGAAAGCCAGCCCCUUCAUCUGCCAGUGGUAUGUGGGGUCUUUGCUGUCCUCAGUGCGUGCUGAAAAGAGAGAGGCUAUCAUUUUGCAUUAUAUGGACGAUAUUUUAAUAUGCUGUCCCAAUAACAACAUACUGAAAGACACCCUUGACCUAGUGGUUAAAGUUUUAACCUCUGCUGGAUUCCAAUUGCAGGAAGACAAAGUUCAAAGGAUGCCACCUUGGAAAUACCUGGGCCUGGAAAUUACUGCACGGACUGUUGUUCCACAAAAAUUGGAAAUUAUUGGUAAUCCUAAAACUCUAGCAGAUCUCCAUUCCCUAUGCGGGUCACUAAACUGGGUCAGACCAUGGCUAGGUCUCACAAAUGAGGACCUGAGCCCCCUACUCAAUUUAUUGAAAGGGGAGAGAGAAUUACUGUCUCCCAGGGAGCUGACUCCAGAAGCAAAAACUGUCAUUGAAAAGGCACAAAAGGCCUUGACAGAAAGACAGGCACACCGCUUCAAACCUGAGCUGCCUUUCAAAUUUAUUGUCCUGGGGAAAUUGCCACACCUGCAUGGGUUAAUAUUCCAAUGGGCCGAGGGGCAGAGAGAUGCACUCUUAAUCAUAGAGUGGGUCUUCCUCUCCCAUCAAAGACCCAAAACUAUCACCAAGCCACAAGAGCUGAUGGCUCAGCUGAUUCAAAAGGCCAGGGUAAGGCUGCGGGAACUGGCAGGUUGUGACUUUAUGUGUAUUCACCUCCCAGUCAGGCUCUCUGGAGAAGGCAAAAACUCCCCUGAGAGACUGACCAAAGAGAUGUUUGAGCAUCUGCUGCAGAGCAAUGCUAACCUCCAGUUAGCUCUGGACAGCUCUAGUGGGCAAAUUUCAGUUCAUGCACCAUCACACAAAUUGUUUCAUGAGGAAUUCCAUCUCAUUCCUCAUGAGAAAAGGAGCCAAAGGCCACUCAAAGCGCUCACAGUGUUCACUGAUGCAUCUGGGACAUCCCACAAGUCGGUGAUGACUUGGAGAAAUCCACAGACUCAGCUUUGGGAAGCUGAUGUUGAGUUUGUAGAGGGGUCACCCCAGAUAGCUGAACUGGCUGCGGUCGUGAGAGCCUUUGAGAAAUUUUCAGAACCAAUUAAUUUAGUUACUGACUCAGCCUACGUAGCAGGAGUGGUGUCCAGAGCGGAACAGGCAGUUCUCAAGGACAUUGAGAACGAGCAUCUCUUUAGAUUGCUUUCAAAACUGAUUGAUUUGGUUUCAAAUCGAGAACAACCUUUCUAUGUGAUGCACAUAAGAUCGCACACCCCGUUGCCAGGUGAAAUCGCUGAGGGGAACCGGAAGGCUGAUUCCCUUGCUGCCCCAGCUGAAAAGGUAUGUCUCCCAGAUGUGUUUCAACAGGCAAAGAUAAGUCACCAGCAAUACCAUCAAAAUGUGCCAGGACUGAUUCGUCAGUUCCAGCUGACACGGGGUCAGGCUAAAGCCAUUGUGGCUACCUGUCCCAAUUGUCAGCUCCAGGCAGUGCCAUCAUUAGGCAUCGGGGUUAAUCCCCGAGGCCUUGGAAGCUGUGAGGUGUGGCAAACAGAUAUCACUCACAUUCCCAGUUUUGGUCGCCUCAAGUAUGUACAUGUGAGCAUUGAUACAUGCUCAGGAGCGGUGUAUGCCUCUGCUCAUGCAGGAGAAAAGUCUGUGCAUGCUAAACAACACUUAGUGCAGGCCUUUUCCGUAUUGGGAAUCCCUAAAGAAAUUAAAACAGAUAAUGGCCCAGCGUAUCAAUCCAAGGAGUUCCUGGAAUUUGUCCAGCAGUGGGGAGUGGAACAUAAAACUGGCAUCCCCCACUCCCCCACAGGUCAGGCUGUAAUCGAGCGUACACACCAGACGCUCAAACAAGUCCUAGCCAGGCAAGGUAGCGAGGCAGUGUGGAUGUCUCCACAACAGAAACUCUGUAAAGCUCUGUUUACCAUUAACUUCCUAAACUGCUCAUUUGAAAACAUGAAUCCUCCUGUAACUCGGCAUUUUAACAGUGGUGAUCAGUUUAAAUUGUCACAGCAUCCACCAGUUUUAAUCAGGGACCCUGAAACUUGGCAAACCAAGGGUCCCUAUGAACUUGUCACCUGGGGGUGUGGCUACGCAUGUGUAUCCACCCCUUCAGGCUCCCAAUGGAUUCCUCAGAAAUGGGUAAAACCUUUUGUUCCAAAGAAUCCAGCACCAGCAAGAAGAAAAGAGAAGCAAGUGGCUGUUGCUUCCAAGAGAAGACGCCGCCGAAGAGAGCAAGAAGAAAUCUCUCUAGCCUCUGACCUGCAUACUGUAACUGUGAAUAUGUUUUAA